UGGUAUCAAAUUCUGUGAUAAUACAUGGCGAUGCAACAGUUGUCUUGUUGUCAAAACUUCUAUUUUCGUGCAAACAGUUGUAUUUGUGUAAAAACGAUAUUAAUUGGCAAUAAAGGGCCAGAAUUAGAUUAUUUUUCCUUAUUUCAUCAAUUUCUGAAGUUACUCCAAAUUAGUCCUUUUUUUGUUUACUAACAUGGUGCUAUUUACAAACACAACAUUCUUCAUUGGUUUCUUUUAGAGUUUUGUGUGAUAGCUAAAAGGAUUAUAUAUUUUAUAUUUGAGAUGAUGGAUAGUAAUUCUUCAAGAAAUAUGCUUCAUUUUUCUUCCGCGUAUAGCAGAACUCCGGAGAAGAAUAUCUGAAUUGACCGGAUCACAACAGAUGAGUGCGGGGCUAGUGGAGGUGAGGCCGACAGUGACGAGGACAUUGUGACAGAAUAUCACGUGGCGUCAGUCGUUGCCGGUGGGAUGCGAUCUGGGGGCGGGCAGGGUGUCCAUGGCCCUCUUCCGACCAUAAGCGUGACGCCCCAUUCGCCCGCCAACAAGACAUACCCUGUGCUGGAGGAUAGCUUGAGGCAGGUGCGAGACCUCUCGGAGACCGUACACCAGAUGCGACACCAGUCUAUGUCGCAAAGUUCUGCCGUUGCUCCCAUAAAAGAGAUACCGGUAUCGGCUUUGAACCCAUUCCUGACGCAGGUGGCUAGACUUAGUGCCAGCUGUCCAGCCCUGAACGAAAUGAUGACAGAACUCGAGACAUUAGGAGGAUCACUUGGCUCUUCUCCCAUGCACCCUGUCCUGAGCAGAAAAAACAGUGGUGCACAAGAUUGGCUACGUCAGCCAGAUACCAGCAGGCAACGGCGGAGGUCAUGGACAGCACUUGAAGAUUUGCGAGAGGGCAGAGAGAAGGUUAAGCAGAGAAGACAAAGAAGCGUUUCGCUCAGUAGUAUGGAGUCCGAAGCCGACGAAUCUAUAUGGGAAAAUGUAGAUAAUAUAGAUGGCAGCACAGUUCGCCUUCUUGGACCAGAGAGACCUGUUUCUAUAAGACAUCGUGUCAAUAGGACAUCCGGGGGAGGGGCUAGUACACAUUCAUUGAAUGAAGCCGAUUUACAAAAUGACUUCAACAAGGUGAAAGCCAAGAGGGAAGCGGAACAACUGAGACUCUCGCCUCAGAGACUGCCUCUUCAAAAAUCCAUCUCGACGCCAUCAAUAAUAGCUGCAGGGGAUCUAGCUGUCGAGCCGACGCUAGUGGGUGCCCAACCGACGCUCCCCAUCUUGUUGUGUAGGGCCCGACCUAGCUGUACAGAGAGCGAGACAGAAGAAGAAAGCGUCCAGUUGGUGAGGGCAAUGUACAACUCUCACAUCAUUCACAAAGUUGGCUCAGAGAAGAGGAGGAAAAGGGGAAGUCUAUUCUUCAGGAAGAAAAAGGAUAAAAGCAAGAAACUGCACCAGUGGGUUUCGGCAUGCUAUGGCUCAUCUCAAGUUUGUGAUUCCUGCAAUAAAGAACUCAGCAAUAAACCGGCUUUGUAUUGUGAAUGUUGUGGUACUACUGUCCACCAAAAUAGCUGUAAAGAUAACAUAUUAGAAUGCACAAAACCAAAAGGAAUGAAAUCUUCAGGAAAACUAGCAACAUUCUCAGUGACUCUACCUAACAAUAAGAAUUCCAUGUUAAAAAGAGGAUCAGGCACUCUUCCAGGGAUGUACAACUCUUCCAGGAGGAGUCAACUGUGCUAUUCACCAUGGCGGCGAGUUGCCACUAAACUGGGAGUGAACCAAAUACUGAUGGGAGAUGAUAAGGAUAAUGAUUCUCAUGGACAUCACGAGUCAGUGAAUUUUCCAGAUGAUGUACCUUUAGUCCCUUCGGAAUUUUUAUCAGAUUCUCCUCUGAUAGCUUCAGACUUGUGCAGUGAUUAUAGUUUAGGAUUUAGUGAAGCAGAACCAGAAUCAUGGAGCCAAUGUGUUGGGAGGGAAGUCACGAAAAAACUGAAAGAAAAAGAAAUAAAAAGACAAGAGCACAUAUAUGAAUUCAUUAUGACUGAAAAACACCACUGUAUGAUACUAUUAGUGAUGCAGAAGAUUUUUGUGGAAGGCUUACAGAAACACUUUCAGCUAGGGGCAAAUCUAGAAAGAAUGUUUCCUCGAUUAGCUGAUUUGAUCGAUUUACAUAUGGGAUUUCUAACAAGACUGAGACAGAAGCAAAAGGAAGGGCCAAUAAUAAAUUCUAUCGCAGAUAUUUUAUUGGACAUGUUUUCUGGUACUUAUGCUGCUAAGCUGAAAUCUGCAUAUGGAGAAUUGUGCAGCAGGCAUGGCUAUGCUUUAGAGAUUAAUAAGUAUUAUAUGCAGAAUGAUCCAAGAUUUGGUCAGUUCGUUAGACAUUGUCAACACAAUCCUUUAUUGAAAAAGAGGGGAAUCUCUGAGUGUAUUCUGUUUGUUACUCAUAGACUGACUAAAUAUCCAUUAUUGAUUGAACCUUUGAUAAAAACAAGUAAAGACAAUAAGCUGGAACAAGAUAUUUUACAGAAAGCUUUAACUCUUGUGAAAGAUAUACUAGUUGAAGUGAAUGCCCAGGUGGCUGAGAAAGAACAAGAAGACCGAAAAUUAGAAAUUUAUAAUAGAAUUGAUGCAAAAUCCUAUACUAUACAUCGAGGACACAAGUUCAAAAAAUCAGAUAUAUUACAAGGUAAUCGUUCACUAAGCUUCGAAGGCGUUGCUAUGUUGAUGCAAGGUAGAGGGAAGAUGCAGUUGGUUUUAGUUAUUGUACUAUCAGAUGUGCUCUUCUUCCUCCAGGAGAAUUCACAUAAAUAUACUUUUUUUACUCCGGAUAACAAGGCUGGCGUUGUGUCUCUACAGAAACUAUUGGUUAGGGAAAAAGCAGGUCAAGAUUCUAGAGGUAUUUAUCUGAUUUCAUCCAAUCCAGCUGAACCUGAAAUGUUCGAGUUGAAAAUUCACAAACCCAAAGAUAAGCAGACAUGGAUUCAAGCAAUAAGGAAAGCUGUUCAAAUGUGUCCAGAAGAUGAAGAAGAGGAAUUAGCUAUGAGUUCUGAUGAGAAGUUGGUUUUGCUUCACAGACAAAACCAAAUCAAACAUAUUGUGGGCUUAUUGAGACAGAAGGAUGUAGAGCAAGCGUUAUUAUUAGAAGAAAAAAUGUCCCUCCAGUUACGCCUUAUGGCUGUAGCAGGGUUGGAUCCGCCAUCACCUCCAUCUUAUCGUCAUUUAGUGAGUGAGACAGCCAAUACUGAAAAAAUGUGGAAAGAAGUUCUUAUGGCAGUUCAGGAAGUUACACACUUGGCUAGUUCACUUUAUACCACUGGAACAAAUCUAUCAAGAAGUGUUAGUUCAGCAGGGGAACACCACAGUGAAACUUAUGUGUCUCCUGUACUUCCUAAAAGGGCUGAAACAUUUGGUGGUUUUGACAACUCCAAUCAAGUAGGCUUCAGACUUUUCAAUCGGAAAUCAAAUUCGCCUGAUGAAUUCGAGAACUUGAGGCCACAUGAUUCAAAAUUAUUGGAGAGCUUACCCUUCAGGAAUUAUGUCAUCAGUGGGAAUUCAAUAACCAAUGGUAACCCAAAUAAUAAUGAUGUCGGUGCUCAGAAUCCUGGACCCCCAACUGAUGCUAAUCUCAUCUCAUUGGGUAGAGAACAACAGUAUGCAGCCAUCCAAUUAUCACAUUAUGUUUACACUUUGCUGUGUAUAAUUUCACAACUUAUGACCACCAAUGAAUGUCUACAGGCUGAAGCAAUGCCAAUCAAGAAUUCUGAUGGUUCAAAGCAGUACAAACAUAACCAGCAGCUUGAAGAAUUGAGAAAUUUGCAGGAUAAAUUAAGCAAAGAAAAAGCAGAAUGGGCUACACAAAAGGAACAGGAAAUGCAGGAGUUAGAAGAAAAACGGAAAGAACUGCAAAGAGUGCAAGAGCAGAUCAAAAUUGAGCAAAAUGACAUUAAGCAGCAAAGAGAUCAGCUAUACAGAAAAAUGGAGAUUCUUACUAGUCAGGGUUUAUUGAUUUCUCCUAAUAUUGCUCUACCUGUUACGGGACAAAUUGAUGACAGUAGUAAAGAAACUUCUGAAGAAAAUAGUCCACAAUCAGAUAGUUCAAAUUCCAAUUCCACUUCUCUCUCAGGAAGCACCUACAGUACCUCGACUGUAGAAAGAAGGAAGGAUUCUAAAUGGAAUAAAGGAAAUCAAAUGAAAUCCCAAUUACCGAUGAAUUUAAUGAGUACCACAAAUCAGUACAAAGUAUCUCAGAGUGCAGUUAGACAACAAUUACCUCUUAAAUUAGCUUCCAGGCUUAGUGCCGGAAGUAUAAAUACAGGAACAGCAACUAGCCCAGUUGGGGUCCAACAAGUCUUGCCAUUGAAGCUCAGUCAACUUGAUGAGAAAGAACGUAGAACAAGUACUUCUGGUUACCAAAGACUGGGUUCAGAUAGUUUCAGUCCUACAUCGGGAGAAACCACUCCAACGUUACCACAUGCUCAUAGUAGAACUGGAUCAAGCCCAGCCUUGAUACAACAGUGUUCUUCACCAACUGGCCAAAAUCCUCAGAAUAUGCAACAAAAUUCGAGUAAUAAAGCAUCUCGCACCAACACCUAUCCUAAAUUUCCCGAUAAAUUUCGAGUGAGAAGUAAUCAGCAGCAGCAACAACAAACUACUGAAGAAGAAGUGAUUUAUUUCUGACAAAAAGGAUGUAAGAAGUUUAUCUUACCCAACAUCUUUUGGUGCGUGUUAAGAUGCGAUAUGGUAAUAUUUGAAGUGUGCAAUAAAAAAAAUCAUUUGAUAUCUCAGAUCAAGAAAAAAACAUUCAUCUGAGUUUUAAAUCUUUCAAUGGAAGCAGAAAAAUGGCAUUUGAGUUUUUAGAAAGGUUUAUUUAAGAUGUGAUUUUCAACUUUAUAAAACCAUUGUUGGAAAAUAAAAAAAAUAGCUUGAACUCAAGCAUCUCAACUUAUAUAAUUUUAAAGAGAACAAUAUUUCAAAUAAACAUUCAAUAACUUUCAUUUCUCAUUUAUACUUAUUGCUAAUUGCAUCAGAAAAACAUAACAGCUCAUUUAAGCAUAAUGAAUAUAAUUUUUCUAAUUUUCAAUUUUUCGAUAACAGUUGAAGAAUAUCCUUCUUUAUCUAUGUGUAUGUUAAUUUUUAUUAUUUUGCAAUAUUUUUUUAUACAAAUUGACUGAUUGUAUUAUUUAUUAACAUUAAUGACUAAUCGCGCUUGAAAUUAUAAAUGUUGAGAAUUCAUUUGUGAUAAUGUGUAAAUUUCAUUUUAUUCAUGUGUCAUCACUGAAAUAUGAAGAAGGUUGGUUGUUUUUUAUUGUGUGGUAUACACUUUCCAAAUAAUUGUAAAAAUACUUUUUUAAUGUCUUUAGUGUAUCUACUUAAUACUUGUUCUCUAUUGAUAUGUCUUUUAUUUAUUUCUUAUUUAUUUAUGUCUUAAACUUUGUAUAUAAUAUGAUGAAAUAUUCUAAUAAAACUAGCGAAAUGCAUUCUGCCUUAUAUAAUGUUUAUAUAUUUGCUUUAUUUUAGAUUUGAAUGUAGAAGAUAAACUUCGAGAUAUAUUUGUUGACAAUUUUCAAAACCAAUUGACUGUUCCUUGUUAUAUAUUCUAAAAUUUAUUGAGGUUUGAAGUUGUAAGAAAAGAUGUAUUGGAAGGUUGUGCCAAUAUAUAUUUUAACAAAUAGUGGAGACCUUAUCAUAAGAAAAUUGAUCGACAUCUCAAUUUUAAUUUUUGAUUUUCAGGUUCAAUCCAAAAAUCUUCUAUUUGAAAUUAAUUUGUUUUCAAGUGAUCUUUUAAUUUUCUUUCGGAAAAUUUCGAACCAAAAAUAUACUAUCAUUAGGCAGAUUAUAUUUAUGACUUUUGCAUUAAAUAUAAUAAGAUUCUGGCAAAAAUUGAAGACUCUUAAAGAAUUUUUGUUAUCAACAAGUUCCAACACCAAAACUAGUUUUGAAAUUAAUGGAUAUCACCUUUUGUUCUUGUAAAGUUUGAAAACAAAUCUAUGUAUCACACAUUGAUAGGCAAUAAUUUGGACGUGAAUCUGAAAACAAUUUGAAAUUGUGUAUUGAUCUAAACCAUAAUAUUCUUCCUCUGCAUAAUUAAUUUCAUCAAAUGUAGAUACUUCCCAAUAACCGUAUUUGUAGUGAUUAUUUCCAAAGGUGUUCAAGACUUCCGAUAUAAUUCUUGUAUAGACUUUAUUUUUGUGACAUUUACAAAUAACUGACUAUCGUUCUUGCUCAUUUAAAUGGAGUAGAAUAGUUCUGAAUUGAUGAACUGUAGCAUAAAGUGAUAGUUCGUUUGAAUGUUUUAUAGUAUUCAAAAAUAUAUUUUAUGGUCUUCCUUAAUCUUCAGUAUUGAUGUUAUAUAACAUACUCAAAUCUUGACAAUACAUUAUUCUAAGAUAUUUUUAAUUUUCAGUUUUUAGAAACUAUGUACACAUUUCACAGUUUUUAUCACUCCUAUAAUGAAGUGACAUUUGUAUAGAUAUAGACUGAAAUUAAAUCCAUAUAAAUAUCUA